AUGAUAGAUAAAGUAGUAGCUGUAACUGGCUCAACAAGUGGCAUCGGGCUAGAAAUUGCCAAGCACUUUGCGAUAUUAAAGGAAAAAAUUAUUAUCCAUGGACUAGAAAGGAAAGAGAUAGUGGAUAAAAUAUCGGAGGAAUUAAUAAAGCUUGGAGCUACCGAUAUUUUAUACCAUGCUGCUAAUUUAGCUCAACCAAUUGAAAUAUCUAGAAUGUUUGAAGCCAUACUCAAUAAAUUCGGUAAAUUAGAUAUUUUAGUGAAUAAUGCUGGUAUUCAAUUUGUCUCUUUAAUUGAAGAUUUUCCUGAAGAAAAAUGGGAAGAAAUUAUAAGAGUUAACAUGAUAUCUUCCUUUUAUACUAUAAAAUAUGCCAUACCAAUUAUGAAACAAAAUGGUUGGGGACGAAUUAUUAAUAUCGCUUCGGCACAUGCCCUUGUAGCUUCUCCUUUCAAGUCAGCUUACGUGACCGCAAAACACGGCUUGCUAGGGUUAACCAAAACUGUAGCACUAGAAGUAGCAGAGCACAACAUAACGGUUAAUGCUAUUUGUCCUGGCUAUGUUAAAACUCCUUUAGUUAUGAAUCAAAUAGCCGAUACUGCCAAGCUUAAGAACAUAAGUGAAGAAGCAGUAUUGCGAGAAGUUAUACUUAAAUCACAAGCAACAAAAAAAUUUGUAGAGAUAGAUGAAAUAGCUAAGAUGGUGAUUUUCCUCUGCGAUGAAAAAGCCAGCUCUAUAACCGGGACUCCAUUAUUGAUAGAUGGAGGCUGGACCGCUCAAUAA